CCAACCGUCAGAAUUACUGAAUUAGACUCAAAUUAGGGUUUGAACGUGGAUCCAAGCCCCAAAAAAAGGCAAACAUGAUUAACCGCCGCGCUAGUCGGUGUCGCUGAACUCGGCGAGGAAGGCGAGAUCGAAGUCGGAAUCGUCGGAGAGGUUGAUCGGCUCCACCUUCACCUUCGGCUUCUUCCCGGCCGCCUUCUUCUCGGCCGCCUCUUUCGCGCCGCCCUCCUCCCUCCUCACAGAGCGCCGCCGCCCUCCGCCUGCCGCCUGCCGCCAGAGACGGCGGCCAAUCGACGUCGGCGGAGGCAGGCGUUGAGGCGCUCCUUGUGGAGGCAAUGUUAGCGCGGGCGUUUGCUCUGGUGGACAAAGGAUGCAAGGCUUGCAAGCGCCCGCUGAAGCUGUCUGUCCAGGCCUCCACCUUGCCGGGCCGCCGCACCCGCAUGCCACAGCGGUCUUGUCACCUCCACCGUAUGCCAGCACAACCGGAAAAUUUCCCCGAAGAACAGCACCAGCCACACAAUAAUAGCGGGGGAGCCCCGUCAAGUCUGGCCUGUAUCUCCGAACAAAACUGUGCCAUGCAGCAGUCUUUUGCCGCCAUGAAGACUUCAGGUGAUGUACCUGUGGACUCUAUCAGGGAUACUGCCGAGGGGACUUUUGACCAGAGGUUUGCAACACUGAAGAGUAUUGGGGAGGAGCGUGUCAAUGAGCACGAGCUCAAGUUACUGCUAAAGAAGAAAUCCGCCCCCAUUUGCUAUGUUUGGUGUGACCCCUCCCCCUGGAUGCACAUAUCUCAGGGGAUCAUGAAGACAAUAAGUGUUAAUAAAAUGGUUAAAUCUGGUUGCAAAGUUAAAAUCGUAAUGGCAGAUUGGUUUGCUCGCGUGAACCGUGAGAUUGGUGGCAAUCUAAAUAAAAUGCGGACUAUUGGCUUGUAUAAUAUUGAGAUGUGGAAAGCAACUGGCAUGGCUCUUGAUGAAGUAGAGCUAGUGUGGCUGUCAGAUGAAAUAAGUCAAAAUGCUGACAAAUACUGGCCACUUGUGAUGGAUAUUGCAAGGAAAAACAGUGUCCGUAGAGUAAGAAGCAGGUGUUGUCAGAAUAGAGAUCCGUAUGUGAUGGGAGAACUAACUGCUGCUGAGAUAUUUCUCCCUUGCUUGCAGUGUGCUGUCAUAUUAUUUCAGAAGGUGGACAUAUGGCUGUUGGGCAUGGAGCAGCAUGAGGCCAACUUAUUAGCUAGACAAUACUGCAAGCAUGUAAAAAGGAGGAAUAAGCCAGUUGCUGUGUUGCACAACACACUUCCUAACUUAUUACAAUACCCUGCAAUGGAGAAUAGGCGGCAUCCAGCAUGGGCUAUCUUCAUGGAAGAUGACAAGGAAGAUAUAUGUUUUAAAAUAGAAAAAGCUUUCUGCCCUCCAAAGUUAGCAGAAGGCAAUCCUUGUUUCCAGUACAUAAAACGUAUCAUCUUGCCUUGGUUUGGAAAGUUUGAGGUGGUUCGGAAGAGAGAGAAUGGUGGGACAAAGACAUUCCUUAGUAUGGAGGAGCUUACAGCUGAUUAUGAAAGCGGUGCUCUGCAUCCUGCUGACCUGAAGCUGGCCCUUGUGAAGUCAUUAAACAAGACACUGCAGCCUGUUCGUGAUCACUUUGGAAGCAAUGCUGAAGCAAAAGAUCUAGUGAAAGCUGUUGAGGAAUACUACAUUGCUGACUGAGGAUCAAAUGCCCAUACUUGGUCUCAUAGAAAUCCUAGAGGCAUACUUGGUCUCAUAGAAAUCCUAUAAUGGUAGAUUCAAGACUAGUGUCCGUAUCAUUGGCCACAUAAUAAUCAAAUAAAUACUCCCUCCGAUCCAUAAAAAGUGUCGCCCACUUGAUACAAAAUUCGUACUAACUUAGUGCAAAAUGGGCGACACUUUUUAUGAAUCGGGAGAGUAUUUGUUUGGGAACUUAGCCUCGUGUUUCGACUCUACACAAUUUAAUAGAAUAAUAAUGCAUUCCAAUAAGAAAUUGUUCUCACUGCUUUGUUGCGACUCGA